GGUACGAGGGUACCACUGACGAGCCACCACCACGGCCACGUGAGCGUUUGUUGAUAUCACGUGAUCUUUGUUUAUGAUUCGAUGGUAAUUGACUUUCGUUUUGCACUGGGCCUGACUCAGUGCGGGACUCAGUGACUGCUUGAGUCUGACUAAUUUCAGUCCUGCUGAAAAUAUAAGAAUGAUUAUUAUGAAACUCAUAUUUUGUAUUACUCUUGUAAUCAUUAGCAAUGUAUGUUCCACAAGGAUCAGCAAACCAAUGAAGCCAAAUAUUGUAUUCAUUUUGAUUGAUGACCUCGGCUACAAUGAUGUUGGUUAUCACGGCUCCGAGAUCAAAACACCGAACAUCGACGAGCUUGCACGGGACGGCGUCCGCCUGGAGAACUACUACGUACAGCCUAUCUGUACACCGACGAGAUCGCAGCUAUUGAGCGGAAGAUACCAGAUCCACACAGGGCUACAACACAGCUACAUCCGACCCGCUCAGCCGCUUUGUCUCUCCACCAAUCUUCCAACAUUCGCAGACAAACUUCGUGAAGCUGGUUAUGCUACCCAUGCCGUGGGGAAAUGGCAUCUUGGACAUUACAAGAAGGAUUGCCUGCCAAGACAGAGAGGGUUUGAUUCCUUCUUUGGUUACUUAACAGGGAGUGAAGAUUAUUGGACUCAUCAUCGACCAGGCGACGGUAUUCUCCCGAACAGCAAUCACUGGCUUGGUAUGGAUCUAUGGGACAACGAGAGAGUCGCAUGGGAGUACGUGGGGAACUACUCUGUCUUCGUCUUCACGGAUAAAAUCCAACAAAUAGUCAACCAGCAUUCGGACGAUCAGCCAUUGCUACUCUACCUGCCAUUCCAGUCAGUGCACUCACCCCUCCAGGUUCCUAGCUCAUACGAAGAAAGAUAUAAGAACAUUAAGAAUAACAAUAGACGUAUCUAUGCCGGAAUGAUGAGCUGUCUUGAUGAAGCCAUCGGAAAGGUGAUACAAACUCUGAAGCAAAGAGAACUCUGGGAAAAUACUGUACUUAUAUUCUCAACUGACAAUGGAGGUGAGGUGGCAGCGGGGGGAAACAACUGGCCCCUCCGCGGCUGGAAGAGAUCUCUGUGGGAGGGUGGUAUGAGGGGUGUAGGCUUCGUUACCAGCCCCUUUCUCCCCGAUAGUGUGCAGGGUACAGUCAAUAAGGAGCUCAUCCAUGUAAGUGACUGGUUUCCAACUCUAGUCCAAGGUCUUGCUGGGAGCAGUCUUGAUAACGUCACGCUAGAUGGAUUCAACAUGUGGAAAACAAUAAGUUCGAAUGCCUCAUCACCCCGGAAAGAACUUCUUCAUAACAUAGAUCCAUGGCCAAACCAACCCAAGGAAUUCUCUUCUAACAUUUCAGCAGCUAUCAGGGUGGGGCAUUGGAAACUCCUAACUGGAGAUCCAGGAGCUAAUAAUGGGGAGUGGAUUCCCAUACCCGAUUCCGGUAUUACCGCCAUCUCCCCAAUCAAAAUUAACGGAAAGGACACUUGGCUAUUCAACAUCACUGCGGACCCUCACGAGUAUCAUGACCUUUCGACCUCUCACCCGGAAGUGGUAGAUGAACUGAUAGACAAGCUUAAGAAGUAUUAUGUUGAUUCGGUUCCCGUUCAGUAUCCUGAUGAAGUCGAGGAGGCAAAUCCUGCUUUCCAUGACGGCCUUUGGGGAACACCAUGGCAGUGAUUGAAAGCAGAAUGAUAUAUUUUCAAUCAAUCCUUAUAAUUCAAUAGUUCUAAGAAAAGAGGAAACAAGCAAUUCCACGUUACACAGCGUAAUUGUGAACCUCCUUUGGUCAAAUCUCUUGGAGCCACAUUUGUUUUGAUUGGCCAACCCAAAUAAAUACUUGUUUUUAGAGGAAAAGGAAAAAACAGGCAAGUUGAUAGGUGAAAGUUUGAACAAUAUUGGACAAACAAGAUAGUCAAAAUUUUUUAAAAGUUGACAAAAUUAGUAAUCACUAUACCCAUGGAGACUUCAAAUUGGCAGCAUAUGUGAUGUCAUAUAGUGAUGUAAGGCAAGGACUACUCUUCUACAUGUAGGUACUCCAAUACAUAAAAUGGCUGAAAUGUCAAGUUUUACUUAAAAUUAUAUUUUUCUUUCAUGAGAACAUAAAACAAUAUACUACCUGGGUUAUAUUCAGAUUACUGCCCCAGGGUAAUGGGUACUUAGGAGAAAACCACAAAUCCCCGAUAAUUAAGUACAUUGCCUAUGGAAAGUUGUCCUUGCCCCUUGUCAUAAUUUAUUUACCAAUUUGGAAUCUACAUCGAGUUAGGGAUCUCAAUUUUAAAGCAGCCAUUACUUUCUGAUUUCUUGUCCGAUAUCUUUUAAACUUUCACCAAUCUGUUUUAUUUAUUUUUCUCCUUUCGAACAUAACAUUUUAUGACCAAAGGCUGGAUUCCCCUUUAAAAGGAACGAGUUAUACAUGCUUAAUAAUAAUAGUAAUACAGGGUAUUUGUAUACAUGUAGCGCACAUAUCCACAUUAUUAGGUGCUCUAUUACCAUGGCUAAGCUAGGCUACCAAUUCUGGUACUCACAUUUUUUUUUUAGGAAUUACUUCCUGCCGUUACCCAUUUACCUCACCUGGGUUGAGUGCAGCACAUUAUGGAUCAAUUUCUUGCUGAAGGAUAUUGCACAAUGGCUGUGAAUCGAACCCAUGAUCUUCUGUUUCAAAGUCCGCAGAGUCAUCCACUGGGCCACAACACUCUAACUUAAUGCUUUGCGUAAUCUGGUCUGAAUUAUUGCUUUAGCUGAGGCAAUUAUUUGUCUAAUAGAAGGUUGACUUAUGCAGACAUAAUAAUAAUAAUAAGAGCUAUUUUCCCAUAAUGGCCCAAAGCACUUUACAGCAUAUUAUUACCCUGGUCAUCGGAUCCUUGUAUGCCCGCAUACAAUGUAUGCACCUUCUCCACUCCCUGGGGAGCAUUCCAACUAGAGUUCCAUGACUCCAUUGCUAGGCAUACUACAUAGGCUUUCGCAUCCUACCGGGUACCCAUUUAGCACCUGGGUCGAGAGUGGCAAAGUGUGGAUUAACGCCUUGCCACAGGACGCUAGACCGCGGUGGGAUUCGAGUCAGAACCACUACACCAUGGCUCUUCCACAUAACGGGCAAAACGUAAUUUUUCACAAAUUUUGGCUGUAAAAGCUCCAAUUAGCACAAAAAUAAUGCACAGAUGUAAGACACUUGUAAAGGAUGACGCUAUGUAUUUUUUCAAGCCAGCAAAACUUGUUUUGUUAAAUUAGAUUGGAUUAUCUGAAUAAGAGGCAUGUUUUCCUGUAUUUGCUAUUUGAUGCUGGUGCUCAAGCAACAAAUCACUCUUAAUAAUCCCUACCACCAAUACCGUCAUGUGGUUCACCAUUUUCAAUUCAGCAUCCCCUCAUUUCAGGAUCAAUCUACCUCAUUGAAGAAAACAAGCAGACUCAAUAGACAAAUUUAAAUCCGUGUUAAAAACCUACUUUUUGGUAAAAAGACAUGAGCAAGAAAGCCACUGAGCAAAAAGAGAGUGGAACGAAUGUUGGCGUGGAAAAAGGGCUGCAAUAACAAGUACACAUGGUUCCUCGGUAAUUGGAUAUUCCGAACUUUUCGCAUUUACUCCGGGGAAAUUCUACAACGCAUCAAACCCUUUGAAAAUGCAAGUGAAAUACAUUGGCAGCUCCCUUAACUGUCUACUGGGAAACUAUACAUGUGUAUUUUGGGCUGAAAUUACUUUUCUUUUUCUAUUUUCUUAAGCGCUGACAAGCACUAUACAAAUAUCGUUAUUCUUAUUUAAUAUGUCUUUCCAUCUUGUGAGUGUUAAACAGUACUGUAUAGAAAUAAAGUUUUUUUAUCUUUUGAUAUAUUUCUCGUUUGAUAUUAAAGAUGUCUAAAUGACAAUUUAGUUCA